AUGCCCAAGUUAACGUUCAUGGGAUACCUGCUGUCCCAGAAAGGCAUUGGAACCACUGAAGAAAGAGCCAAGGCAGUAAAGCAGUUCAGAGCUCCAAGCACUGCGUCGGAGGUAAGAAGUUUCUUAGGCCUUGUUAACUUUAGUGCACGCUUCAUACCUAACCUAGCGACCAUAGCUGAACCCCUGAGAAAGCUCACAAGAAAGGAGGUGCCUUUCAAAUCACUGAAGGAGAGUUUAGAAAAAUCAGAGAUUUUGUCAUAUUUUGACAAAAAUGCCAAGACAAAGGUUAUCACAGAUGCCAGACCAGUGGGUGUGGGUGCAGUCCUUGUCCAAGAAAAGGACGGGGUAGACAGAGCGACCUGCCCUGCAGCUUACAAGUCUGUCAGACAUGAACUCUGUGUUUGUGGACACUUGUUAUUGAGAGGAACCAGACUAGUCAUCCCAGCGAAAUUGAGGAAGCAAGUUGUAGAGCUAGGCCGUGAGGGACACCAAGGGACAGUAAAGACUAAGCAACGCUUAAGGUCCAAAGUAUGGUGGCCCGGACUUGACAAAGAUGCAGAAUCGAAGUGCAAGACAUGCUAUGAAUGUCAACUAGUCAGUUUACCAAGUCCACCAGAACCUGUCAAGACCACAAAGCUGCCGACCGAACCGUGGCAGGAUGUUGCAGCCGACCUGUUAGGCCCGAUGCCAACAGGGGAACACUUGUUAGUUGUUGUAGACUAUUUUACUCGUUUCUAUGAAGUUGUGAUUAUGAACUCUGUUACAGCUAACAGUAUUAUCAAAGCACUGGAACCUAUCUUCGCCAGAUAUGGUUAUCCGCUGUCGAUCAAAACUGAUAAUGGGCCCCAGUUUGUGGCAGAGACGUUUGAAACCUACUUAAAGCAGAAUGGUAUAGAGCACAGGAGGUCGACACCUUACUGGCCUCAAGCAAACGGGGAAGUGGAAAGACAAAACAGAAGCCUGCUGAAAGCUAUGAAGAUUGCCAAGUCUCAAGGAAAGGACUGGAGACAAGAAAUCAACACCUAUUUGUUAGCGUAUAGGACAACGCCUCACUCGACAACCGGAACAAGUCCAGCGGAGCUGAUGUUUGGGAGGAAGAUUCAUUCAAAGAUUCCCGAUAUUCGUCGCAUCAAUAGCGAAACGUACCAAGAAGUAAGAGAUAAGGAUGCCGAAAUGAAGCAGAAGAAUAAAGAUUACGUUGAUGUGAAGAGGCAUGCUAAGGAAAGUAGCAUUAAAGUCGGUGACAAGAUCCUCCUGGAGCAGACAAAACAGAAUAAGUUAAGCACUAACUAUGAACCUGUACCAUAUGAAGUCACUGGAAAAUUUGGAAACCAAGUUGUUGUUAAGUCUCAGGAUGGAGUUGAAUACAAGCGCAACACAUCACAAAUGAAGCUCCUAAGGGAACAAAGGAGGUAG